UCCCGGGCCAGUGAGGGGCACAGUGGGCAGGAGCGAGCACUGGUAUCGCGACAGACCCAGGCCCGUGGCACCAUCAGGCAGGGCCAAACCCAGCUACCAUCAUGCCUGGGAGAAGAAGCCCCUGGCACUAUCCUAGACAUAGGAGGCACAGUCUGUCCCGCUCCAUGAGAGCUGAGCUCCAAUUCCCGGUUAGCCGCGUGGACCGCCUCCUGAGACAGGGUUGCUAUGCUCAGCGCCUGAGCUCAUCUACACCGAUCUUCCUCACGGGCGUUCUCGAGUACCUGACGGCCAACAUCCUCGAGCUGGCAGGCCAGGAGGCCCGCAACAACAACAAGAUACGCAUCACCCCAGAGCACAUACAGAGGGCCCUGGGCAGCCACCAGCACCUGAGCCGCCUCUUUGAGGACAGCGCCUGCCCUCAGGUGGAGGGGGUGCCCCAGCCCAGAAAGUGCGGCGGCCUGGGUCCCAGAGCCAACAACCUCAUCUAGUCCCUGGCCCCGCGCAUAGACGAGGGAGGCCUGCUCUCCUGUCAGCAAAAGCCAUUAAAGGACUUACGAUCCAGUGCAA